GAACUCGACUUCCGGGAACAGCGGCUACUACGUCGGAGGGAGCAGCACCCUGCCCCGCGGGGGGCAGUUGAUGAGGGCGUACAGUCCGGCGGCGUCGUCGGUGGUCGGUGGACCGAACACGACGCCGACGCAGCCGAAACCUCUGGCCACUCCAGGUGGUGGCGGGGUGCCGCCGGCCAAGCCGCUUCGCAGCCACCAGUGUCGUAACGUUGGAAACUUCGGGGGCUCGGCUCGCUUCUGUAGAGACAGCUCGGUCUCCCUCUAUAGUAUAGCAGAUCGACUGCACGGGGAGAGCGGUUAUAUGAGCAGUCCGGAGCGGGGCGGAGGGGUGGGCUCCGCAACCGGAAGAUACCCGCCUGGGCCCUACAGUGCCGGAAGCAGCUACGAGGACCCGUACUACUCGCAGUACUCGGGCACCGUGACGCCCGUCAUCGACGAGGAAGCCAGCGAUACGGAGCUGUUGGAGGAAUCGUACAGCCUAUACGGUGUGAAACCGUCAGGCCGUCCGCCGUCUGGUCCUCCGCGAUCCCCGUUUCCUCCAGGGGCGCCACCACCUUUGCCACCCGGUGGUCAGAGCUACGACGCUACUCGGAUAAGGGUAGAGCACAUGGAGAGGCAGCUGGCCAACCUGACAGGACUGGUGCAGAAGGCACUGACCCACGCCCCGCACACGAGUCCAUCGCCCCGUGAUUACCUGCAGGUCCCCGCUGGACGUGACCCGUACGCGAGAGGGCCAGGCGCCGGGGACGAGUUCGACAAACACUCUAGCUCCAGCUCUGCCUCAUUGCCAGUGUCUCAACCUGCCGUUACAGAUGACUCGUACUUAAGGACUGACGUUAAACCACCAAAGUUAGGCAAAGACAAGUCGGUGUCGUUUGAAAAGUCAGUGUCCUUCAGUGACGAGCCACCAGACAUGAAUUCCCCCAAGCAGCAUUCCCCGCAGCACGCAGCGGACACAAAACCAACGAAACCGGCGAUCAAAUCCUCCACGUUGCCGAGGAUGUCUUCGCAAGAGAGAGACAGGCACAAGCCGACCCCACCGCCGAAACCGGCAGCGCUGGUUGCCGGUCAAUACGUUUAUCGAGACAUGGCUCUGACACCGGAAAUGUACAAUCAACUGCGAGGCUUGCAGAAGAAGGCGAAGGAUCUGAGGCAAGAAGUUAGGAACCUGAGACGUAUGUCUCAGGCCCAGGCUCACACCAUACGGGAGACCAUCUUGGAUACGUUUAUCACCAUCAGGACAAUGUUGCUGUCGUGUGGAGACGCAGCCUGGGACGCAGAGAAGAUUCGACUGAGCCGCGAGGAAGACCUCUACAGACAGGAGAUGUUGAGGCUGGUAAAAGACCUAACCGAGCUGGAAAACACGGUGGAGGAACUACGUGGCAAUGUCAUCAACAGGAAGACGAGAGUGAACAUGUCGGAUGUGGAGAACAUGGCCUUGAUAAUGAGUAAAUCGAGUAAAACCGUGGCAGACUUGAAGGUGCGAUUCCCGAGCCUACAGGAGGGUAUGAAGGGGCUGUUGAGCUCAGAGAUGGAGAUGGUUGUACGGGCGGAAAAGUUCCUGAAGGAAGAACCAGAGCGAUUGGAGUCGGCGUUGAAGCGUUGCAAAAAGCUCACUAGUACCCUCGUGACGCUCAAACGUUUGGCGUCGGUGCAAGAGCAGCGAUUACCAAACACAGCAGCGAGCGUAGACGCCGAAGAGACGCCACCUAUAACACCGACGUCUGCUCAACAUUCCAAGGCAGCUGCCCCUGUGCCAGCGGAACGCACUGUCGUGGGGUCAGCGAGCGUCAUCGGGGGAGGGUCCCACUCUCUCGAGCCACCCACCGCCCAUCAGCAGCGUCCGGAGAACGCACUCGACGCUCUGUUAGAUGAGCUGCAGACGUUCUCGAGGCCGAGCUCGCAACUCGGUCACGCCCAAGGAUCUACGACGAUGCUGUCCGAGCUGGGCAGAUCAGGAAGCAGAGGAGAGGCGGCUGGGGCGUCGGUCGUCGGAACGACUGGCCGGCCACCGUGCAUCUCCGACAUAGGAAGGAAGGGAAGCGUGGACUCAUCCAGUGGAACCGUUCCCAGCAGCGGUACACUGGCGCCAACUAGCGGACCGCCGAACGCAGGAGGAACGUUGCGCAGAUUGCACUCUUAUCCGUCUAGCUCGGACACGGACACGUCGCCACCUAUAGCGAGACUGCAGGUGUCCCUGCAGGAACAACCGAGCUUGCCUACAUUACCACAGGGAUUCGUCCCGGGACAGAAGCCACCGGUGCCGGAGCGGAACGCAGAAUUGCUUCAACUGGCCAGCGCGAGGAGAGUACCACCACCUCCGCCACCGCGAACCAGUUCCAGAUCGCCAUUGGCCAGCCCUACCAGCCCACAACUACCACCUAGAAAUCAUUCUUGUAACUUACAGAGCGCGAACGCGACGUUGCGAAGGCCACCGGCACGCGGUACUCUGCCAGUUAAGGAGGGCAAGCCACCUAUGGCUUUACCGACCGAACAACCCGUUACUGGGCUGACCACGCUCGAGGCAACGCCGAGCCCGGUGCUACAUAACAACUCGACCAGCUCUCAAUCGUCAGCCGUGCUGUCCACCAGUAACUCGAGUUCCUGCGAGAGCGUGAACUCGCAGGAGGGUCUGCAGAGCAAGAAGGGCAGGCAGGAACAGCUGGAGCAGCGACACCAAGAACUGUUGCGAAAACAGAAAGCCUUGCAGGAGCAGUACGCGAGACUUCAACAGCUACAGAGGAACACGGCGGGUCUGACCACUAUACCACCCGCGCCGCCGGAUCUAUUGAAGAAAACAGGCUCCGAGAGCAAUCUGUUGGCCAAAAUGGGCCUAGGACUGAGCACCGCUAGCUCGGGAUCUUUGACCAGUCUGACCGCGAAGCCCUCUGUUUCUCAGGAGGUCUCCGUGGACGGGCUCAGAACGCGAUCAGAAGAGUCACGAGAACAACAAUCACAACUCGCGGCUACCACGAUUCUGACGUCUAGCGUAGCGACAGGCGUGACACCUACGACCAGCUUCAGCGAAUCGAAUGGCAGCCAGACCGUCAGCGUGUCUGUUAGCGGGUCCACGAGCGUUCCCAUAGUAACGACCACGUCUAUUAGCGGUGUCGCGAGCGCGACUACCACCACCACUACUAGCAAGAUUUACGAGACGGAUAUUCUGUGACCGAGAAGCCGCUCGUUGCUCGAAUCGAGCGUAAAGGUGGCUGCUGAAGUCGUGCUCGCGAGUUAACUGCGUUUUCCCUGGGAUCCUCGCGAGCAUUCGCGAUGAGUCGUAUGGGAACGAUAAGAACUCGAGGCGAACGAACACAUGGAUUAGGUUUUGGUAACGAAUGAAUGACGAUUUCAUCGAAGGAUUAGAUCGUGGCGAGUCGCGGGAGACGCGCGACCUCGUCGGUGGAAAGUAGAGUACAGCGUAGAGAACUUAGCGAGUCACGCGUAAUUUAUAAUAUCGAUUAUCAUAAUUAAUAACGAUAUAUAGUAUUAAUAAUCGUAAACGAAAAGCGCAAUCUCUCUCUCGGAACGCAUAAUCCGGACGCAUAAUAAAUAGUGGCGUGAAACGUCGGUCGAGAGGCCGAAAGUGGCCUCUGAUCGUCUUUACGAUCGUUAGGAAUAAGAAAAAUGUUCGACGAUUCGAAGAUCGAGUUCCUGGUCGCAGGACAACGUAGAUUAUCGUCGAACGUGAACCUGACGCGCGCCAUUUGGCGACGAUUGUGCCAAAACGAAGAGCGAAAAAGCCACGAAUUCUCUCAACCACACGAUUUGUCAUCGUCGCUCUUAUUAUCCUCGCGUUUUCCUUUCGAGUUCCGUUAACUUACCCGCGAACGGACAAACCGGACGGCCUGUCACUAUGAACGGGAUCGUUGAAUUAUCAUGCAUACGUAUGAAUAUACUUAACUAUAUCUACGAAAAAGGAACGAGAAAUUUAUAUACGCGAAAUGCAGAGGAGAAGUUUCUAUAUAAACGAGUAUUUAAGCGUAUAGAGUUAGGUAGGUAGAGGAGCAGCAGGCGAAAGAGCAUAAUGGUACGCGUCACUGUGUCGUAAACUAACCUCAAAGACGAAUGUUUAUUCCUGUUUAAGAACCGGCUACGUACGAACUCGCACAAAGUGCAACGCUAAACGAACGAGCUGUACGCUCGCGUAUCUCUCCGUAUAUUUACUUUUUGUUACUGAUAUAAUGCUUAACGUUCGAUGAAAACCAGGUAUAUUUGGUUUCCCGC